CGAUAUGCAAAUACCGUCAAAGAUCCCUUUAUUGAAAUCUAAGUAACGCUUUAUUAUAUGUUAGUUUGCAGAUUUUUUUUUUUAUACGAACAACGAUAAAUCUUUAAAGAUUAGGAGACAUAUGUUGAUACAUUUUCAUUUAGCAGGAGGGUGAUACCCACAAAUUCGGGCUGGCGAUCUAUUUCCCCACCGAAACUAUGAUGUCGCACUAUUUCUCCAUCAAACUAUUGCCUCGUUUCAUUUCCCCACCAAACGAAAGUUAAAUAUCUAUAUACCCACCAUAUCAAAGUUAAAUAUCUCUUUCCCCACCCGACCAAUUUCGAUGGUUAAAUGUCGAAACCCCAGUACCAAACCAUCAAACCUCCGUUAGUAAACCGAAGGAAAACCCAAAUAAUGCUAAACCGGACCUAUAUCUCGGUGAUAACCCGACACAAGGGUCAAAAAUCCCAAAUCAAAAAAAUCCCAAAUUGGUAAGAACCCUAGAAAAAACUGUAGAAUGUGAAUCUCAGAGUUCUUCUUCUUCUUUUCUUAUUGUCGAGUGCUUAUUGCUUUUUGUUCUUAAUCUCUUCUCAAUUUGUGUUAAUUUUCAGAUUUAAAGCCAUGAGUAACGUGUCUGGAGCUUCUAGUGGUUCGUCAAGUGGACGUUCUGGAGGCAGAGUGUUUGGUGUGCCGAGACUUUGUCAUUGUGGGGUUCAAAUAAUGGAAUUGGUUUCGAAAUCCAGCAACAAUCCGUACCGGCGUUACUAUCGUUGUGGAUAUGCUGUAUCUAAGAAGCUCUCGAAUGACAACCACACUUUCAAGUGGGUCGAUGAGGCUUAUUUAGAUGAGAUAGAGGCAUUAAAAAUGAAAAAUGCUUCACUUGCGGCAAAACUGGAGACAGUUACAAUGGAGAGGAAUGAGUUUGAGAGAAUAGUGUUUGAGAAUGUGCAAAUGAAGCUUGAGAAGGAGAUUUUCGAGAGAGUUGAAGAGGCUUUGGUUGAAUCAUCUUCUACGAUGAAGAAAAUGAUGGUUGUUGUAGUUGUUUUGUGUAUGGGCAUGGUUGGGUUUAGUAAGCUCUUUGGUUGAAAAGGUUUAUGUAGGAAUGACCUUUGUUUUAGUAAUCUUGUGCUUUGUGUGUUUGAUCAUUGUGGUUUGUGUACUUUGACAUGGUUUCAAUUUUAUUAAUGCAAUGACUUUGUCUA